AUGACUAAAAGGAAUUUUAUGCAGCUUUGCGAAAAGCUGAGGGCACAAUUAACUGGAGAAGAUACUGUGAUGAGAAAAGCAAUCCCCGUAGAAACGAAAGUUGCAGCUACACUGUAUUAUUUAGCAGACGAGUCAAGAUAUAGAAAGGUUGCAAAUGCCUUUGGCAUUGGAAAAACCACCUUAUCAAAAAUUCUUCGAUCAGUUUGCAUUGCCAUAGUUAAGCAUCUAGGAAAAGAGUACAUAAAGAUUCCAACUGAUGUGGCAAGCAUACACAAGUUGGCCAGCCAAUUUUAUGAUAAGCAUGGUUUUCCCCAAUGUAUAGGAGCUGUAGAUGGAACACACAUACGGAUAAAGCAACCAAGAGGAAAGUCAUCUGAAUAUAUUAAUCGGAAAGGUACCUACAGUCUAAAUGUUCAAGGAACAUGUGAUUUCAAGUACUGCUUUCUUGACGUUGUUGUCAAAUGGCCAGGGAGUGUCCAUGAUGCUCAAGUGUUUGUCAAUUCGUCAGUGUGUAAAAUGCUUAAAGAUGGAACCAUUCCAACUUGCCCUAAAGUGAUUGUUCAAAAUUUACCUCCUGUUCCAAUUUGCAUUUUGGGUGAUCCAGCCUACCCACUCAAUACUUACCUGAUGAAGGAAUAUGAAGCAGGGGGCAUAACAGAGGCUGAACAAUUUUAUGGGUUCAGACUGUCAUCGGCAAGAAUGGUGAUAGAGUGUGCAAAUGGAAGAUUGAAGGCCAGGUGGGGCUGUUUAAAAGGUGUACUAGAUGUUGAUUUGGAAUUGCUUCCAUAUCUCAUUUAUGCAUGUUUUAUCCUCCAUAAUUACUGCGAAGUACAUCAUGACGGGGUAGAUCAGGCUGCAAUUGAUGCAGCACUACGUUAUGAUAGAGAAUUCACUCAGCCCAGAAUUCAGAGCAUUGAAAAUUUAAUGAACAACCUAUGA